GAUUCAGUUCCCUGGGUUGUCCUGAGAUUUUCUUCCUCAGAUUUGAACACUUCCCUUGGUUGAGAAAACCCAGGGCUGUGAAGCAGUUCUUCACUCCUGCUCUGGACACUGGGUGAGGAGUGGUGAGUGUUGACCCCUCCAAGCAUCACGUUGGCUGGAGCUCUGAAGCACUGCUUCUACCUGCCUUGCGUGCCUGAGAGGCCAAGCCUGGAUCAGCUCCAGAAACCCCCAGAGGGCAGGAACCGUGCACUUGAUCAAGGCUGCCGACAGUGACUGGAUUCAUUCCGGGUUCAGCUCCUCAGCGGGAACUCCUCACGGGAUAGCUUCCUGUUUCCUGAGAGUCGUUACCUGAUAAGCUACCAGAAUGAAAGUUUUCGAGCUGAUCAUCCUCACCUCUGUGUUUUCAGCCUGUUCCGGACAAAAUCCAAUGACUGUACUGUGCUCCACAGACUGGUUCAUGGUCACGGUACACCCCUUCAUGUUGAACAACGACGUAUAUGUGCACUUCCAUGAGCUACACUUGGGCCUGGGUUGCCCUGCCAACCAUGUUCAGCCAUAUGCCUACCAAUUCACCUACCGUGUGACAGAAUGUGGUAUCAGGGCCAAGGCUAUCUCCCAGGACACGGUUCUCUACAGCACCGAGAUAUACUACACUUCCAAGCGUACCUCAUCUACGUAUGUGAUUCCAGUGUCAUGCACUGCCCCGAUAUGUUCCCCAUGGCUCACAAUGGCCUGUUCCAGGAAUUUGGCCCCCAAUGGAGGGAUCACAACCCGAAAUGGCGAGACAUGCUAUGAAGUGUUCACCUUGUCACAAUCCAGCCAAAGGCCCAACUGCUAUUGUCUGCGUUGUGUCUACAAUGAAAGAGGGCAGAGCCGAGCCCCACAUCAUCAAGCAGACAAAUAGAAGCUCUUAUGACCCUCCCAUGUGUGCUUUUGAGAAAGAACAACUCAUGGUGAUUUCAUGAAUGAGCUUUUUUAAAAAGUUUUUUUGUAUAUUCUUAGGGAAAAAAUAAAAUCCUGCUGGCAUAGAAA